UUACCAAAGGUGCUCUACAGCAGUGCAGUUGGAUCUUGCCAGCAGUGUUUGUGGACCAUCCAGAUGGCUAUACAGAGAAGGUACAGAAUGUGGUGUCUCAAACUGGAUUAAAGCAAUCAGUUGCUAUUUUUAUUUAUAUUUCUUAGUUUUUGUAUUUGACUAAAAGUGCCAUGAGAAAAUUUGCAUAUUGCAAGGUGGUUCUUGCCACCUCAUUGGUUUGGGUCCUUCUGGAUAUGUUUCUAUUGCUUUACUUCAGUGAGUGCAACAAAUGUGAUGAGAAAAAAGAACGAGGCCUGCCUGCUGGUGAUGUUGCAGAACCUAUGCAAAAGCCACAUGAAGGACCUGGAGAGAUGGGGAAGCCUGUGGUCAUUCCGAAAGAGGAGCAGGAAAAAAUGAAAGAAAUGUUUAAAAUAAAUCAAUUUAAUUUAAUGGCAAGUGAAUUGAUUGCACUCAACAGAUCUUUACCUGAUGUCAGAUUAGAAGGAUGUAAAACAAAGGUGUAUCUAGACAACCUUCCCACAACAAGUGUUGUCAUUGUUUUCCACAAUGAGGCUUGGAGCACGCUUCUGCGAACUGUUCAUAGUGUGAUAAACCGGUCGCCGCGACACAUGCUGGAAGAAAUCGUACUCGUAGAUGAUGCCAGUGAAAGAGACUUCUUGAAGAGACCACUAGAAAGUUAUGUGAAAAAAUUAAAAGUCCCUGUUCAUGUGAUUCGAAUGGAACAGCGUUCUGGACUGAUUAGAGCCAGAUUAAAGGGGGCUGCUGCUUCUAAAGGCCAAGUCAUCACCUUCUUAGAUGCUCAUUGUGAAUGUACAGUAGGCUGGCUUGAACCUCUGCUGGCAAGGAUCAAAGCUGACAGGAGAACAGUAGUGUGUCCCAUCAUUGAUGUAAUUAGUGAUGACACCUUUGAAUAUAUGGCAGGUUCUGAUAUGACCUAUGGUGGAUUCAAUUGGAAGCUGAAUUUUCGUUGGUAUCCUGUUCCUCAGAGAGAGAUGGAUCGACGGAAAGGAGAUCGAACACUUCCUGUUAGGACUCCUACAAUGGCAGGAGGUCUUUUUUCAAUAGACAGAGAUUACUUUCAGGAGAUUGGAACAUAUGAUGCUGGAAUGGAUAUUUGGGGAGGAGAAAACUUAGAAAUUUCCUUCAGGAUUUGGCAGUGUGGUGGCACUUUGGAAAUUGUAACUUGUUCACAUGUUGGGCAUGUCUUCAGAAAAGCAACACCAUACACUUUUCCUGGAGGUACAGGGCAGAUAAUCAACAAAAAUAACAGGAGGCUUGCAGAAGUCUGGAUGGAUGAAUUCAAAAACUUUUUCUACAUUAUUUCCCCAGGAGUUACCAAAGUUGAUUACGGGGACAUAUCAUCUCGACUUGGACUAAGACGUAAGCUCCACUGCAAGCCUUUCUCCUGGUAUCUGGAGAAUGUUUAUCCUGAUUCCCAAAUUCCACGGCAUUACUUUUCUCUGGGGGAGAUAAGAAAUGUAGAGACAAAUCAAUGUCUGGAUAACAUGGCAAGAAAAGAAAAUGAAAAAGUUGGAAUAUUCAAUUGCCAUGGAAUGGGUGGAAAUCAGGUCUUCUCAUAUACUGCCAGCAAAGAAAUUCGAACAGAUGAUUUAUGUUUAGAUGUCUCCAAACUUAAUGGCCCAGUAACAAUGCUCAAGUGCCACCAUCUAAAAGGAAAUCAACUUUGGGAAUAUGAUCUCGUGAAAUUAACCCUGUUGCAUGUGAACAGUAACCAAUGCCUGGACAAAGCCACCGAAGAAGACAGCCAGGUACCCAGCAUCAGAGACUGCAAUGGCAGUCGCUCACAGCAGUGGCUACUUCGCAAUGUCACCCUUCCAGAAAUAUUUUGAGAGGUUCUACAGAAAAGCAAGCAUUGACUGGGCUAUCUCGGCUAAUGCUCUGGCUACACUGUUAAGUAGCAACAGACAAAAACUUCUGCCCUGCAGGAUAUACAUAGUUCAUGGCCUGUUAGAACCUGUAACUCGUGCAGCUUUUUGGUAGCUGUGAAUCAGCCUUGCUGUAAUAAGGAAGUGAAACUAUCACACAUAGUAGAGAAACUGCGCCUGCUGACGUUUACAAGAUUGAGAGAGUCUCUUCCAGCAAAUAACCUAGGGAACAUUUGGAUGAUGGAAAUAUAGUCAAUGAAAUAUUCUGGAUGGAGAGACGCAUAUUGUUGUAGUUUGCUUGCACAUCAGUAACCUCUGCUGAAAGUGCUAUUGUAACGAAGACAUUUCCAAGAAUCUCUUUCCUGGUUAGUGGUCGUAACCAGCUUACUAAAUACAGAUCCACAAAUAAAUGAAGCAGAGAGCUGCAGACCAUAUUCAGCAACAAGAAAUAAGAAUUCUGUUUUUUUUUUUUUAAAAAAAAAGUAAACAGGGUUUAAUGGAAACAAAAUCAGAGCUAUAAAAAGUACAAUUUGUUAUAGUGACAUAUCAAAUUUAUAUGUAGAUUUUAUACCUCAGUGGGAGGAAAUAACCAAAUCAAAAGGCUUUUUUUUUAUUGUGUGAUAGUCCAUGCUUUUUAAUCCUAGUUGGUCUAAAAUUAUUUUGGACACAAACAAAAUGAGCAUAAGAAAAAAAAAUUAGCUCCUUGAAUGUCAGUUGAACUUUUUCCAUUUUAAUUUCUGCGCUGUUGGAAUUGUAUCUUUUACUGUCUGAAAACUGGAGGGUAUCAUGCUAUCAAACAUUUUUGUCUACACCUGCCGUUUCAGUUUAUACUUGAAUCAGUUAUCUUGUGGCCUUUCAUGGCCAAACAAAAGGUUUUAGUACACUUUGAAAAACUUAAGUUAACUUGACUGAAUAUGCUUUGCGCCCAGGACUCAUACUACUGUACAAUGAUUUUGUUUUCAUAGCAAUAAAUCUUUUGUUACUUGUUUGAUUUUUGGCCAUCAGAAAGCCUGUGCAGAUUUAUGAUUGGGUAGCAGGAGACUGGCAAAACUGAAAGUUUUUUACUUCAUGUGGAGAUAUGCUUCACUGUCAAGUGCAUAUUUAGAUUAGACUCUGAAUUGUAAUGUUGAUCUGCUGCUUUUUUUUUUUCUAAUAAAACCUAAAGAAAAAUAGCUAAAUUGGCAUGGGUUUUUAAAGCUAAUCUAGCCAAAAGCAAUACAACUACAUUACAUUAAUCUGCAUUUUAACUGAAUUGCUUUUUUUGUUAAGAAAAAUCUACAUAAGCUGAACUUAAAAACAAGAUACUGAAUACUCAGAAUAUACAUUGAAUUUCCUUUUGAAAAGAAAAAUGAGAUUUACAUAAUGGAGAGGGUAUUUUUAUGAUAAAUAUCAUUGUUUGGCAACUGUCCUGUAAAGCAAAUUAAAUCUAGACUCGUGCAAAA